CGCCCGGGCUGAUUAGCAUGUAGCGGCCCCGGCUUCCUUCGCCCGCCCGCGGCUCCCCGCAACUUUUGAGGCGGGGACUGUGCCUGCAGCCUCACUUCGUUCACUUCCCGGGCCGGGCGCCGCACCCGCCUCCCGCUGCCUUCGCACCCGCGGCCGCCCCGCGCCGCCCCGCGCACGGGGCAUGUGAGCGCGAGCGGGCGCCGCCACCAUGGCCUCGCUGCCGCUGCCGUUGCUGCUGCUCCCGCCGCUGCUGCUGCUGCCCGCUGCCGCCAGCACGCGGGGCCAGCCGCCCGCAGGGGCGCCCCCAGCAGGCGCGGGGUUGGCGCGGCCGCGCGAGCCGGACCUGGAGCGCGAGCUGUCGCCGCCUCCGGAGCUCCGCGAGCCCGCGCCCUCCGCCCCCCGCCCCAGCCCGCUGAUCUGGGGGCCGGGCGCCGCGACACCGGGGGCAAUCUCUGGACCGGCCCCUCCAGACAGAAGCGCGGAUACUGUAAAGGACCACUGGCCGGAAAGUAACAUUGAACUCCUUAUAGAAAACAUCACCUUUGGUCAGAAUCCAGUGGACUUUUCAACAGUGGCCUCCAAAGAGGAUGUAUUAGUUCACAAACCCAGAAAAAAUCACAGUUCUUCAGAUGCUCCAGAAAAUUUCACUCUCCAAAUUGAAAUAGCAAGUGCUGGAGGAAGAAAUGAAUCUUCAGAGAGAAUACAUGUUACCAUUUCAUCUGCUGAACCUGAGAUAGGAACAGCUCUGACUUCCCAGAACAGCACCUGGGAGACUGGAAUAUCUCAGCAUUCCAUGGAGAGGGAUGAGGGGCUCCCAGAAGUGAUGGAACACACCCAAGUCUCUGCCUCUUCAGUCAUGACUUCUGGAAGUAUGGAGAAUCUAAACAACUCCACUGCUUUCCUAAGUCUCUUCACCAGGCAGACUAAGAGUGUACAUGUUGCCACCACAUUACCUGAUGUUGUCCCAGGGAUGUUCCAGUCUCUAGCUGACAGUCUGGAACCUUUAAAUGAGACAGAGCAUUUCCCUAAGGAUACUGAAAUCACUGAAACUUCAGUACCAACUCAUUCUUCACCCUCUGAAGCAGAAUUGAAAAGCAAAAGUGGAGUAAUCAGGAAUCUAAGAAAUGAGGAAUCCACUGAAAAUGGAUUUGGCUUUACGUCUUCUGAGGUCUCAGAAUUUUGGCAAAAUGAUUCACCAACCUCAGAUGGACAUCAGCUUGCUAAUAGCUCUGAUGCAGAAAAUGGAAAUCGAAUGCCACAAUCUGAAGCAGCAGUGUCUAGAUCAGUCCCAUUGGCUAGAGGUGGAGACAGCACAACACAUUGGUUCUUACUCAAUAGUAAAACAUCUGCAAAUGUGACAGGAAGUUCUACUUCCUAUUCUGAAGUUGUGAACUCUUCAGUUUUGACCCAGUUCUCAGCAUCUGCCCCACUGUCAAGAGGAAGUAGCACAAUGUUGCAUGACAGCCACUCUGAGCCAUCCGCUGAGUCUCUGUCUUCAUCUUCAGAGAGCCUGGAUUCCUCAGCACCACAUGGUAAACAUUUAACUACUGAAGAAGAUCCUGAGCUGGGGUUCAAUUCUGACAUGGAGGAGGGGACAUCGGAGGGGACACUUGGAGCUGCUUCUCACAGUCCACACACUUCUACUUUCCCUGGAAUUGGAGAGCGCACACUGAGAUCUCUCACCAACCGCAGCAUCACUUCUGGGGAAGUGGGGCACUCUGCUAUCACACCUGGAGAAACAGAGAGUAGCACUCAACAUGGGAACCUGACACUAACUGGAAAGGCCCACUUGGCAUCAGGUUCAUUGGCAGUCUCACAAACCCUUGGAGUCACUGGAAUGAGCAAAGACCAAGUGAGUGACACAGAUGGUGAACAAAGGACUUCCAGUGAGCUCACAGAUCACACCUAUGUUUCAUUUACUUUUACCAAAGGAGAACGGGCAUUACUAUCCAUUACAGAUAAUAGCUCAUCCUUGGACAUUAGGGAGAGUGUGACCUCUUCUGUUACCAUCUCAGACUCUUCAUAUUCAAGUCAUUCUUCCUCUUCUCAGACUCAGACAGAAAGAAGUAAAGUCUCAUCCUAUAAAAGGACAUAUGCUCCAUCUUCCACUGAGUCACUGGUUCAUCAUACAGCCCACCCUCCUUCCUAUACACCCACUAUCAAUAUGCCAAACACAUUGGUUCUUUUGGACUCAGAUGCUAGAUUGGUUGGUGAUACAUCUUCUUCAGGGUCCCCUUUGCCUCUACCUUCAGUGUCACAGUCUCACCAGCCAUUCUCAUCAACCUUGCCAUCAACCAGGGUCCCCAUUCAUCCACUGCACUCCACCCUUAGUGCACCCACACUUAUGUCUUCCUCAUCACCUUUACCAAUGUCCCAGACAGUGUCAACCCCUAUUUCUCUAUCCAUCUCCCAAACAGCCUUAACACCCUCACCUACUACUGUGGUCCAGUCCAAAACAAGCAAUACUCCUGUGACUUCAGCUCAGACAUUGACAGUGGCAUCAUCUAUGGCAAUGCCUCCUGACACUGCCACAGCAGAUCCUAAGAAUCAAAGCAGCCCAUAUCACAAAAUCGUAAUGGAAUCAGAGCCACCAAACCUAGAGUCUUUGUCCACAGAGGCCAUCAGAACUGUAACAAUGAGUCCCACUUUGGUGAUCCCUCUGCCUUCGGUCUUAACGGAGCCUUCCACUGAGCAGACCCUUCCAACCACAAGCACCAUAGUAGCCCAAACAUUUCUAGAUUUGACAACCACCAAUCUCAAGACCUCUCAUACUCUUGGACCCACUUCCAGUUCCUCAUCAAGGACAGCAACUCUGAUGGCUGGCCCUACAACAGUACAGACCAUGACUAGAAAACAGAUCUUCUCAACCAGUCCUGAAAUUUUAGUGCCACAUGUCUCAAUAAAAGGUACCACCACCACCAAAAGGAGCCAAGAGCAUAUAGAUGUAACCACCCAAUUGAUUCCACAGACCACUGUACCCACAUCAGCACAAGAACUGACCACAGGACAUACAGAAGAAUACAACCCAGCUUCGCAUUUCCUUAGAACAUCUCUCCAGACCACAGAUGUUUCUGCAACUGAACUAUUGACUCCUAAAUCUCAGAGCAACACACAGUCACCAAUGGCACUAUCAUCUCCAGCUCCAGUUAAUAGCUGUGCCUCUAAGCCUUGUCUUCAUGAUGGAAAAUGUGUUGUGGACUAUACCAGCCAUGGGUAUCGAUGUGUGUGCUCACCUUCCUGGCAAGGGGAUGACUGCAGUGUAGAUGUGAACGAAUGCCUCUUGAACCCCUGCCCACCCCUAUCCAUGUGCAAUAAUACUCAGGGAUCCUUUACUUGCAGCUGCCCAGUUGGGUACCAGUUGGAAAAAGGAAUAUGCAGUUUGGUUAGAACCUUUGUGGCAGAAUUUAAAUUAAAGAAAACUUACCUUAAUGCAACUGUGGGACUACAUGAAGUUGAAAAUGACAUCACCAAAAUGUUAAAUGUGUGUUUUUCAACAUUGCCUGGCUAUACACAAACCACAGCUCAUGCUUCUAGGGAGUCCAGUGCUGUGAUUGUGUCACUGCAAACCACCUUUACCCUGGCUUCCAAUGUGACAUUCUUUGACCUGACUGACAGAACACAGAAAUGUGUUAACUCCUGCAGGUCCUCUGCUGAGGUCUGCCAGCUCUUGGGAUCUCAGAGGCGGAUAUUUAGAGCAGGCAGCUUGUGCAAGCGGAAGACUCCAGAAUGUGACAAAGAGACCUCCAUCUGCACGGAUCUGGAUGGUGUUGCACUCUGUCAGUGCAAGUUGGGCUACUUUCAGUUCAACAAGAUGGAUCACUCCUGCCGAGCAUGUGAGGAUGGCUAUAGACUUGAAAAUGAAACCUGUAUGAGUUGCCCAUUUGGUCUGGGUGGUCUUAACUGUGGAAACCCCUAUCAGCUUAUCACCGUGGUGAUUGCAGCAGCUGGUGGUGGGCUACUACUCAUUCUGGGCAUUGCUCUGAUUGUUACCUGUUGUCGAAAGAAUAAAAAUGAUAUAAGCAAACUCAUCUUCAAAAGUGGGGAUUUCCAGAUGUCUCCAUAUGCAGAGUAUCCCAAGAACCCCCGCUCUCAAGAAUGGGGCCGAGAAGCUAUUGAAAUGCAUGAAAAUGGAAGUACCAAAAACCUCCUCCAGAUGACAGAUGUGUAUUACUCGCCCACAAGUGUAAGGAAUCCUGAACUUGAACGAAAUGGACUGUACCCAGCCUACACUGGAUUGCCAGGAUCACGGCAUUCUUGCAUUUUCCCUGGACAGUAUAACCCAUCCUUCAUCAGUGAUGAGAGCCGAAGAAGAGACUACUUUUAAAUUCAAGAGAGAGAGAAGGGUCCAUUGAUUUGAGUGUGUAGCCAAGCCAGGGGACCUCUCUUGCUCAGAGGACAGCACCAGAAGGGAGCAUCACGUACUGGCUGCUCCCAGGAUGCAUGGAGCCAUACUUGAGUGGCAAGCAGAAAAUAGACAGGCAUGAGAAGAGUGGCCACUGUGGAAGGUGACAGGUGGAACCUGUGGACAUGGAUCUGCAAAUUGCUCAUUCAGCAUCUUUGUUGUUACUGUGAAUAUGAACGUGGGCCAGUACUAGAGAAUCUCAGAGUGACUUAGCCAGGGAUGUCUGUUAGGGCAGAUCAUGAAGCAUCAUUGCAUGGACCUAAUUUUUUUUCUUAGUUUGCACUUUAGUAAAUUGGGUAGAGAAGUGUAUUUUUUGGAGGAGUUUCUUUAUUUAAGACUGUUCCAGAAACAUGGCCUCUUUUCCUCAGGCCACUCAUAUAGUCCUCGAUUUGAUGAUUAAUUUACAGCAAAAUACUGGUUCUUUUGAUGUUUUCCUGCCCAGUACCUGUAUCUAAACAUCAGAUGAUAAUGAAUAUACCACUAAGGUUUAGAGCUGCUGUAGGUUAGCAUACAGUAUUUCAGUGUUUCUAGGUCUUACUGUACUGGUUUCCAAACCAAUACACAAAAUGAAGAAUUGAAAUAUUUUAAAGCCCCACCUGUAAUUCUAGUUUAUUUUUAGUCAAAGUUUCACAUUGAUUUAAAAUUGCCCCCCCCCCCAUGUAGUUAUAUCUUGCUUUGUCAGACACAUCUGGAAAGAGUAAAGACACUACUAGUUAAAGGCAUCAACUGUCUUGGAGUAAGGCCUAGCAGGCAGCAACAGAGAAAGAAAGCCCUGUUAGAAGAUUUCAUGGAACUGGAGGCAGAAAGGCUUGCAGGGGUGAGUGUGGAGGAUCUGACCUCAAUGUUUAAGGAUAGAGUAGAAAUUCAGAGCUGAGUGUAAGUUGGGUUUGAGUUGGUGUUUCACAUGCAACUUGAUAUACUCUCUGUAGCUGAAUGUGGCUAGAAAAAUGGGUAGAAUGGACAAAUUGGAUUUCCUGAGAUGCCAGUGCUUUGGGAGACCUUGCAGAUUUCUGAAGACGAGAUAAUUGAGAUGGAGCCACACAGGAGCCAGCUUGUCUCCUUAUGAACCUUUGAUCAGACCUACAAUCUUUUCCAUAAACUGUUUGCCAGUAGGUCAAACCUAUCUAUUCACUGAAGAAAUAACUUAUUUGAUCUCAUUCAGUCACUGUUGCCACUUUCUACUACUAGGUAGUUGUCCCCAGAGAGGUUAUAAUUCCAGUCAGCACUAGUGAAUGAAAGACUUCUAGCCAGUUAGGGAGUUGUGAGUUUGCCUUAGGAAAAUCCAUAUGUCUUUAUUUAUUAUGCUGUGAUGUGGGGUGAUGUGAGGGAUGGGGAAUGAGUUCAAUGUUUUUACUACUACUUGGGAAACUGAUUAUUCUCAUAAUCUGCUUGUGGAGCAUCCUGGAUUGAAAUAAAAUGAAGAGAGCAUGGAUAUUAACAAAAAAAAAAAAAAACUGCUACCACCUUGAAGCUUGGAACUUAGUGGCACCCACAUUCUGGUAAUGAUGCACCCUGUGGAGAUAAUUCUAUCCUGGACAUGGUUAUUUCUUUAGUUUCUUUCAUCUCUUCAGAAUAUAUCUAAUCAUUCUUAUGUAGCCCUAAUCCUUAUGGGCUGAAAUGUGAGCUCCUAUAUUCUGUGUUAUCCAUGAAGUACCAAUGGUUGGCAACAGCAAAAACACUGGUUAGGGGCAGCUCUGCAAGAAGUUAAAUUGCACUCAGUGAUAUAGAUGCAAAAGAAUUUUUUUUCAGUGGAUACCAUAUUAAUGUUAUAGAGCGUCACCUUGUUGAAAUCUGGAGUCUUAUCUGUAGAACCAAAACUGCCUCUUGUAUCUUAGGCCUCACCUUUAUCUGCAGAACCCCAGCCUCUGUACUCAGCUUACUGGAGCCCUAAUGAGGUGGCCAGCAUCUUGGGCUUGAUGUAAACCUUUGCUCACCUCAGGAUCCAGAGCCACAGCAUGUGUUUAUUUCCAUGCAUGAAUGUCUUCCAGCUUCAACUGGUGUCACAAAACUGGCAGAUCAUCUAGAGCAGAGUCAGAAGCUGCAGGUGGCAGAAAAUGAGAUGUUCUAUCUCCAAAGCAUUAUUGAGAGGAAUCCCACAGUCCAGAAAAAAAGUGUUCUGUGAAUACCAAGAAUGCUUUGCUGUCAGUGGGUUUGUGCAUAUGAAGGAGACACUCAGCAAGGGAGAAUUCUCAUAGUAGCUACAAUUUCUAGGAGGCUUGCAGGAGUGGGGAAGUGUAUUUCAAGAGAAUGAAGUUCUAGAAAGGGAUAAAAAUAGUGACUGUAAACCAGAGUCUGCUGCCUGUCCUGGGUGUUAAAUGGGGAGGCUGACUUCACUUCUACUUGGGGUUAAUACUUCUAGAGGGGUCUACCAGGCCUGAAGAGGCAACGACUAAUAGGGCAGCAUCCACCUCUGAACUGAUGAAAUUGAGCUGAGCAUACACAAGGCAAGAGGAAGCCCUCAACUCCACCUCAGUGCCGGUCUCUGAAGCUAAAAUGAGUGACUUGUGCUUGUGUCCAAGCCUACCAGAGCAUAGUGACUCUCAGAGCUGGGCUGCUCACCUGCCAGUGUCUGAGUCUCAGCUCCAGAGAACUCAGACUUUUUCUCUUUGCUUCAUGAGUCAACCUGGAGUACUAUAGAAAUAACUUGAGAAAUUUGUCACCAAAACCAUGCCUCAUGCACCUACCUUAGCCAGGCUUGGUGCAAGGUCCAAGGCAAACCCUUGUGAGUUAGGCACAGGAGUAUCCACUUCUCAAACAUGGUCAUCUGAUGAUGAGGGAUCAUCCCCUCAGAGAGAAAUAAAUAAUCUCUGAAAUAAAUAAAUAAAAUAAAUCUCUGCCUUGGAGAGCUGGGAUUCAAAUACUUCUCCAGGACUUGCAUCCUGCCUCACCUUUCUAGCAGAUACCUCACCAUACAGUAUCCUUAAAAUGUCAAAUGAAGAUGAAGAGAAAGCUUUAAAAUUAGGGGGUUUGUUUGUUUUUGAGCCCUGUUAUUUUUUUUUAUUUAUUCCCUUUUGUUGUCCUUUUUUUUGUAGUUAUUAUUGUUGUUAUUCAGAUGUGACAUUCCCCCAGAGCAGACAUGUUAGGAUCAUCUUGUGCUCAUGAUUGAGGGUUGGGGGGCUCUCCAUUAAGCUAGUAUACCCAUCACUGCAGUGCUUGGGUGCCUUGUGACCCAAAACAUUACUUGAGAGGUUAAAGUAUGCAGUCCAUUUACUCCUGGCUUAGUUUAUUUACCCUAAUACUCCAAACCAGUUUUAACGUAUAGUUCUAAACACUGAUUAUGAAGCUAAAGUACUUCUUUGGAAAGAGAAAAAAUGUAAAGUUUCAUAUUUUAUAUUAUUUAAAAAUUUUAAUAUCAAAGUUUUUCUUUCUAUGUGAAAAUGUGUGCAGGGCUUCAGAAGAACAUUUCUUUCUUGACAAAGUCAGAAUGUGAGGCUGUUUUCUAGAAUUUGCCUUUGAGUAUGUAUUCUCUUUACUAUACCUUUUCUCAAAUCUUCCAAGAAGGAAUAUGGUUUAAAUGCUAGGAACAUCAAAGUGUAAAAUGCCAGUUAGUUUUUAAAAGAGGACAUUUCAGACAGAAUUUCUGUGUUAGAUGGUGGUUUUACUACCUUUUGGGUACAUCUAAUAUACUCUUAAAGUGCUGAGUUCUUGAAUGGGAUGGAAUGGGACCACUCCACCUGGGAAACUAAUUCUACUUAUCUUUAUAACCUUGGUCUGAUUCUAGCAAAAGAUCUUAUAUCAUGAAUUGCUGAGUGUUUUGGUUGAUGUAUGUUUUGCUGGAUUUAUGUUAGAAGAAGCCUGUAGCUGGAAUAUGAGUUUUGUCCCAGAUUCUUCUCUAUAAACCUUUAACCCAAAGCCCAUGACCAACUGUGUUAAAUCUAUUAUAAGAGUGUUAUUUAAAAUUGUAUUAUAAUUGCAACAUUCACUAAUUUUCCAGUACUGUAGAAGCAAAAUAUUAUUUGUAAGAAUUUGGUUAUUUUUAUACUUGUAUUAACUAUAUGCCUGGCGUUCUAGUCAGUAAAAUAAUGCAAUAAAAUAAAUUUCAUUUUCA